AUGUCUAAGGGAGUCAUUCGGUGGAGGCAAAGCAGGCAGGCUUUCAACUUCUCCUCACUGCUGCCGAGCGCCAAGCGAGAUCGCUGGAAAGCGGCGGAGCUUCCCGGAGCAGGAGCCUGCCCAUGGCCAGCCUGCGGCGGGGGAUUUGACGCCGUUCCCUUGAAGCCACUUGACCAACCCCCGCCGCCACCUCACUCAGCGAUGUCUUAUUCCCCGCUCUCCGCCUGCACUUGCCUGUGGUUACAUUACCUGCUGCUCUGCAUCCAAGUCCAGAUGUUUGUUGCUGAAGAAAAUGUGGAUUUUCGGAUACAUGUGGAAAAUCAGACGCGAGCAAGAGACGAUGUCAGCAGGAAGCAGCUCAGACUUUAUCAGCUCUACAGCAGAACCAGUGGGAAGCAUAUCCAGGUGCUGGGAAGGCGGAUUAGUGCCAAAGGAGAAGAUGGAGACAAAUAUGCCCAGCUUCUAGUGGAAACAGACACAUUUGGCAGUCAAGUCCGGAUCAAAGGGAGAGAGACAGACUUUUACCUUUGCAUGAACAGGAAAGGCAAGCUAGUAGGGAAGCCAGAUGGCACCAGCAAAGAAUGUGUCUUCAUUGAAAAAGUCUUGGAGAACAACUAUACAGCUCUGAUGUCAGCAAAGUACUCGGGCUGGUAUGUUGGAUUCACCAAAAAAGGGAGGCCUCGGAAAGGGCCCAAGACCCGGGAGAACCAGCAAGAUGUCCACUUUAUGAAACGAUAUCCAAAGGGACAAGUGGAGUUACAGAAACCUUUCAAGUAUACCACAGUGACGAAGAGGACUAGGAGAAUACGACCAACCAACCCCAGUUAA